UCGAAAUAGUCGCUUCUUGUGUUGAAGAUCGGUUGAACUGAACAUGACAAUCGAAUGGGCUCCUCUCUGGGUUCCGCUGGAACGGCGGCUCCAGACCCUGGUUACGUCGUUCUUCACCUAUACCUUCUUCACGCUGCCCAUAUCGUCCUGCCUCGCCGUCGCUAUCCUGCUGUACUACGGCGAAAUGUUUGUGCGUAGUCUGCUUCUUAUCUAUUUUGUAAAAAUUUAUUUGGAUUAUAAAAGAAAUUACGGCAUUAUGGAAGGUAAUGGCUGGUUAUUCUACCGCAGUAAUCGAAGAUAUCGAAACUAUUUCCCCGUCGAACUUGUGAAAACCGCGGAGCUGCCUCCCAACAGAAACUAUAUCGUAGCAAGCUUUCCACACGGAAUACUUGGAACUGGAACUUGCAUUAACAUGAGCCUGGACAUCGGCAACUGGCUAUCCCUUUUCCCGCAAGUUCGACCCAAGAUCGCCACCCUGGACCAUCACUUCAAGACGCCUUUUCUGCGGGACAUAGUGCGCUGGUGGGGCAUGGUAUCGGUUUCCAAGGAAUCCCUGGCCUAUUUACUCAGCAAGUCAAAUGAUCCCAAGCACAAGGAUAACUUGGAUGGUUUCACAUCCAAUGCGGUGGCCGUACUUGUUGGUGGGGCCAAGGAAGCCAUGGACUCUCAUCCGGGACAGUACAUUUUAACGUUGAAGAAUAGGAAGGGUUUCGUCAAAAUGGCUGUUCGAACCGGGUCGUCGAUUGUGCCCUCGUUGUCCUUUGGCGAGGUGGACAUAUUUGAUCAGGUGGCAAAUCCUCCGGACUCCUCGCUGCGUCGCUUCCAGAAUGUGGUCAAGAAAUUCACAGGCAUUUCACCGCUUCUUCCCAAGGGUCGAGGUAUCUUCAACUACAACUAUGGCAUUCUGCCCCAUCGACGACGUAUUGUCCAAGUUGUUGGUUCCCCCAUCGAUGUGGAAAAAUGCGAGACGCCCGAUCCCGAAUAUGUGGACAAGAUCCAUGGGCAGGUGAUAGACGCGCUGGAGAGGAUGUUCGAUGAGUACAAAGAGAAGUACACUCCAAACUCAAAGCAGACCAAACUGAUAAUACAGUGACUCAGUAGAGUAUCUUAGAAUGUGAUUUUUAAUAGUAUUUAGGAAACUUUUGAAACGCAACACAGUUUUAGACUAAUUCAAAGAAAGAUCAUGUUUUGUUUUUUUCCUUUUAUUAGUUACCAAUUAAAUUUGUUACCUUGUAUGUACUUAUAUAUACAAAAAGAACAAGGAGCUGGAUUCUCGAAUUUUGGAAAAACUUAACUUA